AUGCUGCGAGCCUCUGUUAAGGGCUUCAAACCCAGAGACAUCGGACAGCCCAAUAGACUCAGGGCAAGCAGCGGCGCAGUUCCGAUCUACGAGCCUGGCUGGACGGCACUCCGGGGGAAGCACGACUGGAAAGGAAUGGUCCCAAAGGAUCCGGAAUCGUUCAUGGAUAAAGCGCUCAAGAAGGAGGUCACUCUAUACGGGGAGGCAGCCGAAGCGACGUAUGACACCGUUGACCUGCGUGACUGGAGUCGAGACAGGGACCGCAACAGGUUUCCAAAGGAGCGCCUGUUGGACGACGGCCAUCUCAUACACGAGUCCUUCUUCGCGGAGCUGCCCGGAAAGGGCUACUCCGCAGAAAAGGGCGCGUUUCUGAUUGCGAGCGAGAAGGCGCAGAUCACGAAAGACCUGAUCAAAGAAAGGAAAGGCCAAGACGUCGAGGAUAACGUGUGGAUCGGCUACGUGGCCUACUCGGCGGCGCGCAAGGACGUACUGGUGGCAUGGCGGGGGACGCAGAGGCCCGCGGAGUGGAUAUCCGACGCGACGCUGGACCAAAUUCCCUACCUCGCAUAUCCAAAAGAACCCAACCCUUCCAACCCGCCUCCUCGCCCGAAAAAGCUCUCAGUCCUUCAGAAGCUUUCCCCCCUUUUCAUCGCCGUCCUUUGGGCUUCGCCCCUCCUGCUUUUUCUCGCCGUCAAAUCUGGCCCCGCCAACUUCCCCCGCGCUCUCGUUUCCUUCGCGACCGCGUUCGAGAGCCAGGUCGCCGCCCCCUCUUCCGGAUAUCCCGCCACAGCAGCGGUUGUCCUCUGGGCGGCGAUCCCUCUAGCCUUCCGCAGACUGGGCUACUCCUUCCUCGCCGGGGGGGCGGCGACCCUGCUCGGCAUAGUCACGCUGGUCCCCCCCGCCGCGAUUAUCUACGCCAUCGGCCGAUUGCUCCCGGCUUUCCAGGCCGGGGGGGUCGUUUCGCUGCUGGCCACAGCCCCCCUCGCGUUCCUGGCCGCGAUCCCCGCCCUCGAGCUGUUCAACGUCCGUGACAGAAACGGCUACCGAUUCUACGCGCUGAUCGCAGCGUGCGCGAGCGUUGCGGUCUCGGUUUGGUACCCCGGGAGCUUCUACCGGGCGGUCGGGGUUAUCAUGGCGUUCGUUUUCGUGCCCCUGGCGGUGACGUCAGGGCAGGCGGCAUGGGCUGGGGCGGCGGAGACGGGCCCGUGUGUGCACGAGGGCUUCUUCGAGCUGUACAGCAAACCUCCCGUGAAACCCGAAAACGACGCCGUCGAGAGAAGCGCACCCAGGGACACUCUCCACAAAGCGGUGAAAGCGCUCCUUGAAGACGCCUCGAUCGAGGUCGAGACCAUCAGCGUAUCGGGCCAUUCUCUCGGGGCGGCCCUGGCCGUUGUCAGCGCCUUCGACCUGGUCAAAAGCGGGACCAACGAAACGACGGUCGGGGGACGUCUCGUUCGCGUCCCGGUCACCUGCUUCAGCUUCGAGGGGCCGCGCGUGGGGAACGUGCUGUUUGCGGAAGAUUUUGCCAGGCUCAAGGCACAGGGCCUCACGGCGAUCCGCGUGGUCAACAAACCCGACGUCGUAACCCAGGUCCCAAAGGCGCUGUUCCUCCAGAACGUGUACUUCAUGCUCGGGGCGGUUCUUAACAUGAAUCUGUUCUGUUCCCUUAUUAACUGGUUCGAGAACGUCAGCUACGGGCUCCGGCUGCCGUCAGCAUACAAGCACGUGGGCGUGGAGAUCCCGAUGGAUUCGCGCCAGGUGGACUACAUCCAGCAGAUGAAAGGCCGGAACCCGCUCGGGAACUCCAAGCAAAUCUCCUCGUACCACAACCUGGAGUGCUGCCUGCACGUCCUCAGCGGCUUCAGCGAAGCCCCCAAACCCUUUGGCGCCGCCUUCAGCCGCGACUUCGCCCUGGUCAACAAGAUCGGUAACGUGCUUAACCCGCGGUUUGGCAUCUCGCCGAACUGGCUCGAUACGCUGACCCCCAAUGUCACGCGCGCGGACCCGGGUGGCGCGAUCAUUCAGCCGUACGCUGACCCCGUGAAAAUCGAGUAUGCUCCCGUGACGGACGAAGUGAAGCUCGAAAGGAGUGACAACAAGAGGAAGAUUGGGCACGGUCCUGGGAAAGAGCCGUGGCCGCUGUGCAAGGACUUUAUCGCGAGGUAUAUGAGUAAGAAGGAAGCUUGA